GAAAUGCGAUGUGUUAAACCGUGGUUUCAGUGGCUAUACAACACGUUCAAAUAAACUGAUUUUACCCAGACUGCUACAAAAUGACAAUCACCCUAAAGGAAGUGUUGUAGCAGCUACUAUACUACUUGGAAGUAACGACUCUGAGGAUGCCUGUGUUGCAGACUCACGUAAUGUCCCUGUCGUAAAGUAUAGAGAAAAUCUGAAGAAUAUUUGUAGACAAUUCAAAGAUGUUGGUGUUUCAUUUGAUCGCCAAGUUCUGAUAACCCCUCCUGCAAUGGUCGAAGACAAGUGGACAGAAUAUUGCAAGCUUAAAGGUAACGGAAGCUUUAAUACACCCUUCGAUAAUUACGUCACUACUACACUGUUUUCAACGAAGAAUUUUUUCACCAUAAAGAAUUCAUUUUCAUGCAUGUGUUGAAGAAGGAUGUUCUGCUUCUCUGUGCAUAGCCCAUGAGAAAAAAACUUGAAAUCCUUUCCAUUUGUUUCUAGGUUACAUUAUGGGGAUGAGGAACAAGCUUAUCAAACCAUACGCAACAGCAUGUUUAGAAACUGGACAAGAGCUAGGAAUUGAAGUUUUUGAUCUGUGGACAGAAAUGCAGAAAGUAGAA